GCCAGGGCCCCACUCUCGACAUCACCCCCAGGGCGCGGGGGUCUCACCCGCCUGUGGGGCUCCUUCCUGCUGCUCCAGCAUGAAGAGCACGCGGAGCUGCUGCUCCGUCCAGAGCCCCGACGUGGCAGACCUGAUCCUGACGGGGCUCCCGGCGCCGGUGUCGCGGCGCCCCGGCAGCGCCUCUCCUGCCAGGCUCGUGGCACGCUCCGUGUCCGUGGCUGCCGACGGCAAAGCCAAGAGGAACGCCCCGGAAGAUGCGGGAUCCCGGGCCAUGAACAACCUGCGCAGGUCCAACAGCACCACCCAGGUGAACCAGCGGGCGAACAGCUCACACAGCUCGGAGCAGACAGGAGACUUCCUGGCCUUCUUUGAGGGCGAUCCAGUAGGAAGGAAGAAACUGGCAGCUCUGAGCAAAACCUCCCCGGAAAAGAAAACCACAUGGAAUAUCUUGGAUGACCAGCCCCGAGUGUUCCCAGGCCCCUCUGGCUCCCACGGCCUCGAGCCGCCCGCGGGCAUGAGGAGGAAGGAAGCCACGGUGCUCCUGGCUGCCAACUUCACCGCCAACAACAGGAGCAACAAGGGCGCAAUGGGCAACUGCGUCACCACCAUGGUGCACAACAACUACUCCACUGCUGAGAAGGGCCCUGCUCCUCCCAAGAGCUCCAACCAGGCUCCCAGUUCCCUCAACAAUGUUGUCAAAGCGGCCUCAAACGAGGACGGGGAAGGCAGCAGCAGCCUCGUGAAGUCUCAGAAGAAUUUCUCCAGCAACAACAUCAUGACCCGCAACAACAACAGCAGCAGCAGCAGCAGCAGUGUUCCCCGGAGGAGGGAGGUGACCGAGGAAGAGGCCGAGAGGUUCAUCCAGCAGGUGAACCUGGCUGCUGUCACCAUCCAGCGCUGGUACCGGCGGCACGCGCAGCGGCACCGGACGGCGGCCGCGGCUCUGGGGCGCCUGAUGGCUGCCAAGAGGGAGGAAAGGCAGCAGCGGAUGGAGGAGGGGAAUAUCCUGGAUUUGCAGGAGAGGAAGGACGAGGAGCGACGGAAGAUCCGAGAGGAGAAGGCGCGCCUGGCCCGGCACGCUGCCAUCCAGGAGCUGCAGCAGAAAAGGGCCCAAAAGGCCUCGGAGGCGAAGCGCUCGGCAGAAGAGCAGGUGCUGGUGAAGGAGAGCAGGAGGGUGCCCAAGAAGAAGCCUGGUGCCAAACCUGCCUCAGCCAGGAACGCCAGCCCGGCCGGCAGCCUCACCAAAGCCAACAACGCCGAGGCCAAUUCCCCCUCGGCAGCCUCGGAGCCAGAAGGAAGAGACCUGGGAGUUCUUGGCUCUGUGCCCUUGCAGGACCCCGGGGCAGAGGACAAACUGCAGGAUGUGAGCUCCAGGGAGACAGGUAAUGAGGACCUGGAGACAGCAGUGGCUGCUGGCAGCAGGGCUCCAUCCAAGGUCACGCUCAACGAGCUGCUGGACACGCUGCGGCUGCUGGAGGAGGAGCCGGAGCUGCUGCCCCCUCCCAAGCUCCUCAAGAAGGACAGACAUGCCUGGAUGGACAGGCAGGAGCCCAGCUCCAACUCCCUGACUGCUGAUAACUUGGAGAAGUUUGGGAAGCUGAACCACCCUCCAGGGGUCCCAGAGGAUGGGGCUCUGCUCUCGGAGGCCAAGCUCCAAAGCAUCAUCAGUUUCCUGGAUGAGAUGGAGAAGUCGGAGCAGGAGAGGCCCAGGUCGGCCGCCUCAGCCACGCAGCGGGAGGGCUUCCUUUUGGAAGAGGAGCUGGCUCACGUGGAGCAGGUGUCAGCGGUUGCUACGGAGGUGACAAGCUCCAUGAUGAGGCUGAAGCUGGAAGUGGAGGAGAAGAAGAGAGCCAUCAGCCUGCUGCAGACUGCUCUGACUCAGCAGCGGGAACUGACCGACCGACACAUCAAACAGACCGAGCAGGAGCUUGGCCAGCAGCUCAGGCUGCAGAGGGAGCAGUAUGAGGCAGCUAUCCAGAGGCACCUGGCCUUCAUUGACCAGCUCCUCGAUGACAAGAAGGUGCUGAGUGAGAAGUGUGAGGCCGUGGUGGCAGAGCUGAAACAAGUGGACCACAAGUACGGCCAGAAGAUCACCCAGAUGCAGGAGCAGCACGAGCUGGUCUGGCGCACUUUGGGCCCCUUUUGUGAGGAGAUUAAGAAACUGAAGGAACUCAUGAGCGCAACUGAGAAAAUCCGGCGGGAGAAGUGGAUUGAGGAGAAAACCAAAAAGAUCAAAGAAAUCACGGUGAAAGGGCUGGAGCCGGAGAUCCAGAAGCUCAUGGCCAAGCACCGCGAGGACAUCCGGCAGCUGAAGCUGCUGCACGAGGCCGAGCUGCUGCAGUCGGACGAGCGGGCGGCGCUGCACUACGGGCGGCAGGCGCAGGAGCUGCGGGGGCUGCUGGAGCGGGAGAAGGAGGAGCAGAGCCAGCGGGAGCGGGAGCGGGCCCGCCAGAGGUGUGAGCAGCAGCUGGAGCAGGAGGAGCAGGCACUGGAGCUGCAGCGGCGCCGGCUCUAUGCCGAGGUGGCCGAGGAGAAGGAGCGGCUGAGCCAGCAAGCAGCCAGGCAGCGAGCAGAGGCAGAGGAGCUGCGGCGGCAGCUGGAGGCCAACAGCUCGGCCCUCACCCGGGCGCUGCGGGACGACUAUGCCAAGGAGAAGGAGGAGCAGGAGAGGCGGCACCAGACAGAACUGAAGGUGCUGAAGGACCAGCUGGAGCUGGAGAAGCAGGCUUGGGAGGCCAACUACGUGAAGAAGGAGGAAGCCUGGCUGCUCUCUCGGGAGCGGGAGCUGCGGGAGGAGAUGAGGAAGGAGAGGGACAAAGAGAUCGAGCUGGUGAUCCAGCGCCUGGAGGCCGACACGUCCUUGGCCAAGGAGGAGUGCGAGAGGGCAGCAGAGAACAGGAUCAAGAGGAUCCGAGACAAGUACGAGGUGGAGCUGCAGGAGCUGGAGCGGUCGGAGCGGAAGCUGCAGGAGCGCUGCAAUGAGCUCAAGGGGCGGCUGGCCGAGCUGGAAGGGGACAGCAUCCGGCUGCAGGGCCUGCUGAAGCACAAGGAGCAGGAGCUGGAGGAGAUCCGGAAGGCUGGUGGGGAUGGAGGAGGAGAACGCGCGGCUGAAGGCAGAGAUGGCGGAGCUGAGGGCCCGGCAGCACCUGGAGCUGGACAGGCUGGUGCGGGAGAAGGACCAGGAGCUGGAGGAGGUUCACAGGAGGGUGAAGGCGGCGGUGCUGAGGAAGGAGGAGAGCAUGAGCAGCCUGCGGAAGCAGUACGAGGCGGCCGUGCAGAGAGCCAGCCUGCUGGAAUCACUGCUGCAGCAGCAGCGGCAGCUGGCCGCAGAGUGACCGUCCUGCCGGGCAGGGAGCGGGGCUGGCGCCGGGCUCGGGCCCUCCCCUCCCUCCUCCCUCCUUCUCCACAGCCUGGGCCCAAUGCCCUGGCCGUGCUGGGACACUUGGUGGCCUUUAGAUGGUUGGGAGUUUUGUUCUGGUAAUAAAUCUCUGCUGGUUUCUACA